GGUGAUGAACCAAUUCCUGCGACAGUUGGGUUUGCUGCCGACCUGGCAGUUUGGCGACGUGUAUGGGAUGGACCCAGAGCUUCUGAGCAUGGUGCCCAGGCCUGUGUGUGCUGUCCUGUUGCUCUUCCCUGUCACAGAGAAGUAUGAGUCUUUCAGGCUAGAGGAGGAGGCCAAGAUCAAGGCCCAGGGCCAGGAUGUCUCCCCAGAUGUCUACUUCAUGAAGCAGACAAUCGGCAACGCCUGUGGAACAAUAGGCUUAAUUCACGCUGUAGCCAACAACCAGGAACAUCUGGAAUUUGAGACUGACUCUCCACUGAAGAUGUUCCUGGUUCAGUCCACUAAACUGAGCCCAGAGAACAAGGCCACCUUCCUGGAGAAAGAUGAGAGCAUCCGUGUUACACAUGAAUCUAGUGCACAGGAAGGACAGACCGAGGCACCAAGCUUGGAUGAAAAAGUGGACUUGCAUUUCAUUGCCUUUGUGAAUGUUGGGGGACAUUUAUAUGAACUGGAUGGCCGCAAGCCUUUCCCUAUUGCCCAUGGGAAAACAUCAGAAGUCCGCUUUCUUGAGGAUGCAACAGAGGUGUGUAAGACAUUCAUGGCUCGGGACCCCCAGGAGCUUCGCUUCACAGUGGUGGCCCUGUCCAAGGCAUGAACACGGCACUCGCCGAACAAGAGAAGAAAAUACGACUGCCAAUCAUUCUCAAGUGCUGAAUUUUGUUAGCUCAUUAGCAUUUUUACUGAAUAGGUUAGCAUGUGGUAUGAUGACAAAAGGUUAACUGUAAAAAUAUAUAUAAUUAAAGUAAGCUAAGCUUGCGAGGAAUCAGUAGCCUGGUUCUAAAAACGAUUCGAUUGUCAGAUUAAAAGUUGUCAUGCAACUGAAAGUUAUUGAAGUGUGUGCCAUCACUACUUCCCCAUUGCCCCUUAGUACUUUGAAUGAUUUAGGCUGAAGUUGCUCCGAGACACUGUCCUUGGGUCAGUUUUGCAACCCAACUUAUGGGUAAGGUGAUCCUAAAUCUGUACAUAGGGAAACCUUCACCCACCCCAGAUCACUUACAAUGCUGCAGUAUUACUGUAGUGGUAAUUGAGCUUUCAGUUGGACUAUUCUGACCCUGCACUAAAGUAUACAGGCCAUUAGGCACUGGACAAUUGCUCUGAUUUCCAAUCUUGUGUAACCUUUCAAAGAUGAUACUGACAGCUGUGGUAAGGUGUAUGCAAAAAUUCCAUUCUAACAGGAUUUUUUUUGUUUUUUCCUCUGCAGAUAUUAGAAAUGCAGAAAAGUGCCCGUUUCAUUGGCUUGCAAUGUAUUGAACAAUGUAUUUAAAGACCCAAUGCAGAUAUAUUUUUCUCUAUUAAACCAUUUCUCUUAACAAUUAAGUACCAUACUUAAUUUUCAAUUAAAAUUCUAAAAAAUAAACCUGAAAUUGCUUCUUAGCAAGAGCAAUUUCUCAAGCAGGAAUAUUGCUAGGACUGAGUGGGGAAGGGAAAACUGAAAACACGCUGUUAUUGGCAGAGGUUUGGAACUCUUUUUCUUAUUGGUGAUGUCACCAGGCAGAACAAAACUCCGUCCCACCAAAACCGGCUCAAAUUUCAGGUGGUCUUUUCAAAAAGCUCUUACACUAACAGGGCAUUCUCAUUUUCACAGUACACUUCCAACCUCAUUGUGUGGAAAUGUAUAUAAAACCGGAAAAUCAGUUUUGACUGCAAUGGGCCUUUACGUAUGUUUUGAUGGUUGAUUGACAUGGGGAGUGGUAAAAAGACGUGAUAUAGCUACUACCACUGACAUGGUGCCUACCUUUUGUAAAAACUGGCAAAUUAAAAUACCAAAAUGGUUGAAA